AUGCAUUUUACAUCCUCAGCUGGGAGUUCGUCCUCCACCCACGACUUCGCUGCCGCGAACAAAACGCACUUCGACGCACGAGCCACGGCGGCCCACGGCGACGACCCACACGACUCGCCCGCCCAUCCCGAGAACACGGAGCGAGCGCGGCGGACGGUGAAUGCGAUGCGGCAGUGGUGGCCGGAGCUCUUCGACGAGGACCGGACGGAGGCGAUGGACUACGCGUGCGGACUGCUCUGCCAGCACGUCAAGAGCGUCCUCGGCGUCGACAUCAGCCAGGCCGCCGUCGACCGCUACAACGCCCGCGCGUCCGACCAGGGCCUCGCCCCCGACGAGGUCCGCGCCGUGUGCGCGGAGCUCACCCUCACCGGGACCCCAGCCGAGCUCGCCCGCGCGUCCUUCGACCUGAUCGUGUGCUGCGCGUCGUACCACCACUUCCCCUCGAUCGCGGAUACGACGCGCGUGCUCGCGGCGCACCUCGCGCCCGGGGGCGCGCUGCUCGUCGCGGACGUCCUCGCUGCGCCGGACGGGCGCGAGAUCUUCCCGCGGCGCACCACCACAUUUGCGUUUGCGGCGCGGAUGCGCGCGACGGGGGAGAGCACGCGGUGGUUCAUCGCGAAGGGCUUGAAGGGAUCUUAG